AUGGCGAAGAACGUGCAGCUGGCCAAGGAGCCGGCGUCGGGCCCGCCCACGCCGGGCACACCGCUGCGGCCCGGGGAGCUGCCGUCGCCCGCGACGGCGCCGGGCCAGUCCAGCGCCGGGCGCGCCGCGCGCCGCGCCUGCGUCGCCGUCUUCGGCCUCAUGAUCUUCCAGCAGCUGAGCGGCAUCGACGCCAUCCUCUUCUACCUCGUCGACGUGUUCGACGAAGCCGGCACCUCGCUGUCGCCGCUCGCGUGCACCGUCAUCUCCGGAGCGGUGCAGGCGCUGGCGACGGGCGUGGCGUCGCUGGUGGUGGACCGCGUGGGGCGGCGGCCGCUGCUGCUGCUGUCCGCCGUCGCGAUGGCGCUGGCGCACGCCGCGCUGGCCCUGCGCUGGGCGCCGCUCUUCUCCGUCAACCUGUUCCUGGUGGCGUUCGCCCUGGGCCUCGGCCCCAUGCCGUGGUUCAUGAUGGCCGAGCUGCUGCCGCCGUCGGCCAAGCAGUGGGCGUCCGGCGCCGCCGUCGGCCUCAACUGGUCGCUGUCGUUCGUCGUCACCAAGUGGUUCAGCACGCUGAUGCGCGCGCUGGGCCCGUCCUUGGCGUACGCGGCCUUCUGCAGCGUGUGCGUGGUGCUGGGCGUGUUCGUCGCCUUCUGCGUGCCCGAGACGCGCGACAAGACCAGGGAGGAGAUCCAAGAGGAGUUGGCGGCGCCCUGA